AUGACACUUUCUGACCAGGAAAAAGACGUUCUGUCCACUAAAAAUGGACACUUUGUCGACCAACAUGGUCGUGUUGUACUUCUUCGUGGUGUUAAUCUAAGUGGAUCGUCCAAAUUACCGUUUGGCUAUGGACAUACCGAUAAUCAGGAGAUGAAUGAUUUUUUCGACGGUGCGGCCUCUGUGUCAUUUAUUGGACGUCCAUUCCCUAUAGAGGAAGCAGAUUUACACUUUUCUCGCUUGCAACGUUGGGGACUAACGUUUCUGCGUUUUAUUGUAACAUGGGAGGCCAUUGAACACGCUGGGCCUGGACAAAUUGAUCAUGAAUACCUUCAAUACAUUCGUGCAGUGAUUGAAAAGGCAGCGGAAUAUAAUAUGUUGGUCUAUAUCGACCCACAUCAAGACGUGUGGUCAAGAUGGACAGGAGGAGAUGGUGCACCCAUGUGGACACUGGAGUGUAUUGGAUUUGAACCAAGGCACUUUGAGAUCACAAAAGCAGCUUUAUGUCUGGAGACGUGCGGUCUUCCAGCGUCCAAGUACCCCAAGAUGAUUUGGCCUACGAAUUAUGGAAAAUUAGCAUGUGCUACUAUGUUUACGUUGUUUUGGGCUGGUAAGAAAUAUGCACCGAAAUGCUAUGUAGAUGGCGUGCAGAUUCAAGAGUAUCUGCAAUCACACUAUAUGGAUUCCAUUAUGGCAUUGGCUCAAGCUUUGAAGGGAGUGACGAAUCUUGUAGGAUUUGGAACUAUGAAUGAACCUUCAAGUGGAUUUAUUGGAAUCAAAGACCUGACAAAGCUUGUGGGGAUUGUUCAAAACGGAUAUGCACCGACUGCAUUCCAGGGAAUGGCGCUGGGUGAAGGUAUUGCGCAGGACGUGGAUAUCUGGAACUUUGGAAUCAUGGAUUUGAUUUGCGCAAAGCCAUCGAGAGUUGAAAGAGUCGAUCCAAAGGGUGUGCGAGCGUGGAAGGAAGGAUUUGGAUGUGUGUGGAAGGAAACAGGUGUGUGGGUGAUUGAUGCAAAGGGAACGCCUCAAUUGCUUAAACCAGACUACUUUGAAGGAGCCGACUUUGGCAAGGACUUCUAUGUACCUUUUGCCAAACAGUUUGCGGACAAAGUGCAGCGCGUUUUUCCAAACGCUAUGAUCUUUAUCGAGAUGCCUCCCGCAGAAUUUGGUGAUAAGGCGUUUCCAGAAAUAACCAGCGAGGAUAUUCCAAAUGCUGUGAAUGCCAUGCACUGGUACGACGUGCUUACUCUUUUCUCAACAACAUGGCGCUCGUUUUUCACGGUGGACUUUGCAACCGGCAAGCCUGCCUUCGGCAACAAAGCGUUGCGUAAAGUGCACCAGCAGCAACUUGCCCACAUCGCUAGCUUUGGCCGCAAAAAGAUGGGCAAUGCACCGACGCUGAUCGGUGAGACAGGGAUUCCGUAUAACAUGAAUAAUGCUCGGGCCUAUAUUAGCGGAGACUACUCAGCACAAAUUGAGGCGAUGGACAACACGAUCUUCAACCUUGAGUCACAGCUACUCUCCUUCGCGUUGUGGAACUAUGCGUCUGACAACUCCCACGAGUUUGGUGAUCUGUGGAACAUGGAAGACCUGAGUAUUAGCAGUUCUGACUCCGAAGCGUUAGCAAUCCGUCUUGCUGGAGGCCACACGCGCCGACGUGAUGAUCCAGCUCGGGGUUUGAAAGGUUUUGCCCGUCCACACGCGCGCAAAAUUACUGGCACUCCUCUGAAGUCGGAGUUUACAAUGGCAACUGCUGAAUACGUGUUGGAAUAUGUGUCGGUAAACACAGAAUUUUCAGCACCCACGGAGAUCUACGUGCCGUAUGUUCACUACCCAAACGGCUACCGAGUGACUACGUCCGACGGCCACUGCACGGUCCAGAAACACGAAAGCUACGACAUUGUUAAGCACGCUCAUGACAUUAAGGCACAUAAACACCGUGUGAUCGUCUCACCCAGGACGCCCGUUAGCGGUGACCAGAGACGUGCAAACGCGCCAUUGUACCUUGCCCUGGCCGUGACUGCCGUCGCCAUCCCGCUACUUACGCUUUACAAGCGUAGAUAA